ACAGUUUCGGAAGGAGACUAAAGAUGCCAGCAGCAGUGGUGGUUGUGCACGGCGGGGCGUGGGCCAUCCCGGAUCAGAUGGCCCAGGCUUCUGUAGAUGGAGUGAAAGCUGCAGCUUGURGGGGGCUUUCAGUGCUGAGAGGAGGAGGAAGUGCUCUGGAUGCUGUGGAGGCGGCUGUGAGGCUUUUGGAYGACAACACCGUGUUUAAUGCUGGACAUGGAGCAACACUAAACAUUGAUGGAGAAGUGGAGCUGGAUGCCAUUAUCAUGGAUGGAAAGACCCUUUCCUGUGGUGCCGUGUCUUCUGUAAAGAACAUCGCUAACCCUGUAACACUGGCAAGGGCAGUGAUGGAUAAGACUUCCCACGUCAUGCUGACAGGCGAAGGUGCAAACCUGUUUGCGCAGAGCAUUGGCGUCAGCACGGUUCCUACUGAGUCACUGGUGUCUGAGUACGAAAAGAGAGAAUGGGAGAAGCACAAGCAUUACGUCACUGGAGUCAUGGAAGCGUUUAACUCUCAGUGGGCUCAUGAUACUGUUGGGGCAGUGGCCGUGGACUGUGCUGGUAAUGUUGCGUGUGCAACAUCAACUGGGGGCAUCAGGAAUAAAAUGGUGGGCAGAGUAGGAGACUCUCCUGUCAUCGGCUGCGGCGGAUAUGCUGACAACUCCUGGGGUGCGGUAUCGUGCACAGGCCACGGGGAGUCUAUUCUGAAAGUGACGCUGGCUAAGCUUGUUCUGUCACACAUUGAACAAGGUAAGUCUGUAGCAGAAGCCUCUCAGCUGUCUCUGCAGCACAUGGGUGAUCGGGUCCAGGGAGCAGGAGGCACGGUGGCCGUUUCUCCGUCGGGCCAGUGGGCCGCCACGUUCACCACUGAGCGAAUGGCUUGGGCUGCUGCAGAACACYACGUGCUGUGGUUUGGAUUAAACCCAAAUGAGAGGCUGAAGGAGAAACUGUCCCAGUAGCAGUCAUACUUUGUGUUUCACUUUUAGGUCACAUUAACUAAUAACUCUGCACUUCAAAAGUGUUUCUUUGUUUGACGAACUUGAUCAGUAGUAGCUGAAUUGAGCCUACUUAAAUGUUUCUUUUAACUAUGUUUUGGAUCCAUGUACAGUGUGCAGGGAAAUAUAAUUUAAAGUAUUAAAAGUUAAGCUCAGUGCAACCGACAAAGGAACAAGUACAGUAAUUCAUAAGGAUGUGAAUAGUUUUGCUUUAUAUGUCAUGAUUUGAGAUAAAUUACAUCUGCAAGUUUA